GUCCGCGAAAUAGUGGUUUUCGGCGUGUGGCUUGUGAGCGAGAUGCCGAGUGCGCGUUCGCUCAAGGACGACCCCCGCUUUGGCGUUGACUCACGAUGGAGUUGGAUAAGCGCGUGCUUCUGCGCUUGGGUGUUGUUCCUGGCAUCGGCUACUCCCCGCGUGGCCGGCAUCUUCUUUUAUGGCAUCGUCGAGACGUUCGGAGUGAGCCGGCAAGAGGCUUCCUGGCCCGUAUCACUGGCGGGUACACUGAUGAUGCUAGCAGGUCCACUAGCUGGCGCCUUCUGCAAGCGUUUUUCCUGCCGCACAGUCCUGAUAACAUGCUCGUCUUUGGCAGGAAUCGCGGUCAGUAUGUGCUACCUGGCGGAAACCCUAACAUUCAUCACAAUUUUCUUCGGUAUUCUUCAUGGUUGUGCCAUAUCCGGAAUGUACGUCGCCGCGAACGUCCUGGUGGCGCAGCACUUUGAGGAGCGGAGGGCCAUUGCUUCCAGCCUUGUCUACAGCGCCAGUGGCCUUAGCAAUUUCGUUCUGCCGCCCCUGGUAGAGUUCUUCCGCACAACGUACGGCAUUCGAGCAGCAUUUCUUCUAUACGGGGCGAUUUUCCUGAAUGCGUUACCAGCUGCUAUUGUUCUUAGAAGUCCGCCUUGGCUCGCAAACU